AUGCCUCUUAUCCCAGCUAGCUAUCCUCUCCGGCUGCCUAGCUACCGUUCAAGCCACAGACACAGAUUCCACCCCUACUCGAUGGCCAAACGUCCACGCCUUCUGCGGGCUCAAACCAAUUUUGAGGAAGGUAGCGAACGGACAUUGAAUGAUCCUCUAGAAGUAACAUUGUGCCGUAUUCAAGGUGCUGUAGGUGAAUCGGACGAUGACGUCUCACCCUUGGUCUUGGACGUCGUGGGCCCGUCCGAACCUGACCUCAAGGAACAUCAGAAUAUGCCGAUAUCCAUUUUCCCGCCGAGGAUCGCCGAUAUAAUUGCUUACGUCGUGCUCAUGGCCGGCGAGACAUCUCAAAAGACUCGCGGUGUCGUAAAAUGGCUGUGGAGCUCUGCGGUUGGGCUCUUUAUAUGA